CAAAUUGCCUAACACAAUAUUGUUUUUGUUUUUGUUUAUGCUAAUAAUUAUACCAAGAGUACUUGGUCCAAGUCAAAUCUGCUACUCCCUCCUCCCUCCCUCUCUUCCGCCAUCGACGGCUGCUCUGACUCUCUCUCUCCGGCGCCUCUCAAUCGGAAAAUCUCAAGCUCACGCUCAGCUCCAGGAGGGUCGGAAUUCGAUCGGUUUCGGGUUUAAUGGGUACGCCCAUGGAAGAGGGCGUAGAUGAAGGCUCGCUUGGAAAAUUGCAGCCGAAACGGGAGCCUAGCACUGGCUCUCUUGAAUCAGAGACAGAACACAAAGUAAAUGAUAAAUUGGUGCCAGCUGAGGGGGUUUCUGGUGAGCUGCAGAAGAGAUUGAGCCCUAAUGUUAAGGCAGAAGCAUCUGAAUCAAGUGAAAGGGAAGUUGCAGUUCCUGAUAAGUGUGAAACUGUGCCAAGUGAUAUGCAGCGAAAGCAGGGUGUUGUUAAUGGGAGUUCUGCAUCACAGUCGGAGAAAGAAAAAAGUUCUCAUUCUGGGAUUCAAGUGAAAGAUGGAGAAGAAGUUCAGCAGAAACAGGGCGUAGGGAGUGACACUGAUGCUUCACAGUUUAGCCAAGUUUCUAUUGUACCAAAGAAGGAGUCUGAUGGCGCUGGGCAUGAACAGAGUAACGAUGAAAAAAUUCAUGGGACAGAAACCCUCGCUCUCGCUGUAAUUCCUGAAAAGAAUUCAGAUAAUCCACAGCAAUUACAAAUUCAGAGCAUGGAGGUCCUUGCUACUCAUUCUAAUCAAGCAAGAGUAGCGUAUGUCAAACCACAUGAAAAAGGUUUAGAUAAAUUGCAGCCUAGGAGGAACCCUGAAAUUGGUGCCCACACACCACAAUUUGAUCAAAGAAGUGCUCCUUCAAAAGCCCCUGAAAAACCAUCAGAAGAUGGUUACAACUGGAGAAAGUAUGGACAGAAGCUUGUUAGAGGAAAUGAAUUUAUUCGGAGUUAUUAUAAAUGUACUCACACUAAUUGCACAGCAAAGAGACAAGUGGAGAGAUCUCAAGAUGGUCAUAUCACAGAAAUUAACUACAUUGGAAACCAUGAACAUCCUAAACCUCAAAAUAGCCCUCAGAUAAAUGCUCCGACUAUUCUCCCUAUCCAAAUGAGAAGACCAGACUUGCCUAUCAUGACUCCUUCUGAAGGUACGCAAUCUGUUACACAGGGGGAAAAGUGCGAAACUCCUGAGCCAAAACAGAUUACAUCACCAGUAGGUGUUGUUUCGGCUGAUAUAGGUGCAAGGGAUUCAGUCCUCCAGUCACAUAAUUUGCGAGAUGAGGAUGAUCACUGUGGCGGUCCAGAUUCAAAAAAGCAGAAGAAAUGCCUUUCUAGUCCUGAUGACAAUAAGCCUCAUGGUGAGCCAAGGCAUGUUGUUCAGACUAUGAGUGAGGUGGAUAUAGUGAAUGAUGGUUACCGCUGGCGCAAGUAUGGCCAGAAAUUAGUAAAAGGAAACCCAAACCCCAGGUAUAAGGCAUCUAAGAAGUUAAGCUUGCAACUACAUGCUUAUAUGCCUGAACCUCUGGACUCUAAUUUCAUGUGGUAUAUUUUACUUCUAUGAGUUAUGGUUUGGUAGUCAUCUCCUUGUCUCCUAGUAGUCUCAUGGGGAUAUAAAAAGUUAUGUAGUACCUUUGUCUGAAUUCUUUGUCUAACCUGUGGAUUAUAAGCUAAUGGAUUCCAAGCAUUGAUUGGUAAACUAUGUGCUAUUUGCAUUAAUUGCAUUGCAUGUGUAUUAGUGAGCUUUUAGUACUUUCUCCCUUUUUCUUUCUUUUCAAAGUAUGAAGAAACUAAUGUGUCUAUAUGGAUGAUAUAGAGAACAUGUAUCUUGUGUUUACUGAGUGUGACCUGAAGUGAAUAAUCAUAAGCAAGAUGACUACAUAAGAGUCUCUUGAGGGUGUACCCAUGAUUGGCAUUCUCACAGAAUGGUGAAAGUGUUAAACCUGUGUAUCUGAUUGCAGUAGUUACAAAUUUUCACUUUUAUAGGUUUUGAGGUUCAAACACAUUUUUUUUUUUAUCAUUAUUUAUAAAAAAAAAAAAAAAAAAAACCUCGAGGAAAAUUAUAGGAAUUGGGAAAGGAGGGAGGUGAGAGAAAGAGAAAUAAAGUGAGAAACACACAUACAGAGGUGUGUACAGUGAAGCAAAAUCAACUGGAAAGACAUGGAUGGAGAUAAUCUGGUGAUAAGCUGUGGAGGUUGACCCACAACUCCCACAAGUGUGUGACAGAGGGCAGUGGGGGAGAACUAAGGAGUGAAGAGUGAAAACUAACAGUUGGGAAUUCAUGCAAUUUACAUCAAUGCCAACAGAACUAAUCAUAUUAUAAUACAAAUUAUAUAGAAAAUCAAUUGGUUUGGUUAGAAAAUAGUAUAUUUUACACAGCAAAUAGAAAAUCAAUUGGGUUGGUUAGAAAACAGUAUAUUUUAAACAGGAGUCAAACCAAUUCUUUAAUUCCCAAAA